ACAGAUAUUUCUAUCAAAGGAUCCGAAAAAAAUAUAGGCAGAGGAAAGGUCCACGUGGUUGGGUUCAAUGUGGAGAUGUGGAUGGACCCUAACUCCUCAUUGGUCCGAAAUCUAUCCUCUCUAGAUUUCAUUAUCCUAUAUGGCUCUCUACAAAUCCUUCUUUUGAUUCUCACGAUUCACAUCCUGAUAAUUAACGUCCACCGCCCAUUUCCACCAGAAACUCGAGCACCACUGUCAUAUAGUUCGAGCGAAGAGAGGCAGAGUUAGAGAGAAUAAAGAAAAAUGGCUACAACAUUUGGGGCUGUACUAAAUGGGUUAGGGUCUUCAUUUCUGUGUGGAGGAAAGAGGAGCCAGGCCCUUUUGGGUGCUAGCGUUGCAGCUAGAGUGGCAAGUACCCCUGCUGCUGGAAGUAGGAAAUUGGUUGUUGUAGCCGCUGCUCCACCUAAAAAGUCUUGGGUCCCUGGUGUCAGAGGUGGUGGCAACUUCAUUAACCCUGAGUGGCUUGAUGGAUCGCUUCCUGGAGACUAUGGAUUCGACCCACUAGGUUUAGGCAAGGACCCAGCAUUCCUCAGAUGGUACAGAGAGGCUGAGCUGAUCCACGGGCGCUGGGCCAUGAUAGCAGUUGUCGGCAUCUUCGUAGGUCAAGCUUGGAGUGGCAUUCCAUGGUUCGAGGCCGGAGCUGACCCAGGUGCAAUAUCCCCAUUCUCCUUCGGAUCACUCCUGGGUACCCAGCUCCUCCUUAUGGGUUGGGUUGAAAGCAAGCGCUGGGUAGACUUCUUUAACCCACAAUCUCAAUCUGUGGAAUGGGCUACUCCGUGGUCCAAGACCGCUGAGAACUUCGCCAACGCCACAGGGGAGCAGGGCUACCCAGGAGGCAAGUUCUUUGACCCACUAUGCCUUGCAGGAACCAUCCAGAAUGGUGUCUACGUCCCUGAUUAUGAGAAGCUUGAGAGACUUAAGCUUGCUGAGAUUAAGCAUGCUAGAAUUGCUAUGUUGGCCAUGUUGAUUUUCUACUUUGAGGCUGGCCAAGGAAAGACACCCCUCGGUGCUCUUGGGUUGUAAAAAAAUGAUUGGCAUGUUGAUGUAGAUAAUAGUCAUGUUUAAGAGGAAAAGUCUCGCAAGCAAACUAGAAAUGUUAUUGUACGUUUAGCUGAUGAGUUCUCUCAAUGGUUCAAAAUUCUUUUUGAUUGUGUUUGCAAAUCUAUAACAUUAUACUAAAGUAGAUUCUAACUUACGCGGUAUACAAUUUGACUCAAUUGGGCAUCAA